UUUGAUCACGGAAUGAAAAAAUAUUAAAUGAUUGAACCUGAAGAUUUAUACACAAUGAUAUUCGAAGCUUAGGCUUUGGAUGAUUUAAUUGUAUUUCCUGGAUUUACUCCAACCGGACGUACUAACUCGUACUAAAUUGGACUUUCACCAAGACAAAGAGUUGUAGUUCCAUUUAACUCUUAUUUCAGUUAUUAAGAUCAUUACAUGUUAUGUGCUUUGAGAUUUGAAAGAUUUUUUAGAUGUGAUUAAGUUUUCUGGGAUUUACGUAGCAAAGAUUUUGAUUAAAAAGCUGAUCCUAAAUAAUAUAAAGCAUAUCCAUGCUAUAGAAUGUAUUAUGAGACUGUAUAUUCAUGUUAAGAUGAUAUGUUUGAUUUCUUAAUGGAACUGGCUUACCACAGAAGAGCUAAUGAUGUAUUAGAAGAAGAUCAUGCUAAUUAUGAACUUUCUUUAUUACCAACAUUUUAUGAUACUCCUAAAAAAGCAGAAAAAAGAACUUACACAUAUUGA